UUCUACAAUUGACGUUUACCAAGGAUCUGAGAGAGAAAUUGACGCAAGUAAGGAGGUGUUUCCGUCGGAUAACGACGACAUUGUACAUUCCAUAAUUUUUCCCAAUUGAAGAUUGUACAUUUACAUCUCACGUACAAUGGAUGCGUUUGGCGACAAUUUUGUCAAUGAGCCUGAAGUGGAUCCAGCGGCAGAGUUUCUGGCCAGAGAACAGGAUCAGCUUGCUGGUUUAGAGGAGGACAUUACGCCGAUGGCUGUGACUCUGGCUGCAGCAGCGGCAGCAGGUCAAUCUGAUGAUGAUCUAUCUGGAAAAUUUGGAAAUCUAAAAGUUGGCCCAGGUGGUGAUGCAGAAGGCAGCUUUGAAAUUGUGGAUACCAUUGGACAACCUACGGAAAUACAAGCUCCAUCUGCAGCAGAAUCGUCACCUGUAGCUGCACCAGCUAAAGAAGAACCUGAAAAAAUCAAGAAGUGGAGGGAAGAACAGAAAGCACGUCUUGAAGAGAAAGAUGCGGAAGAGGAAAAAAAGAAAGAAGAAUGGAGAGAAGCAGCUAAGAAAGAAUUAGAAGAAUGGUAUAAGCAUCAUGCAGAAACCAUUAAUAAAACAAAAACUACUAACAGGGAGUCGGCCAAGAAUGCAGAGAAGCAAUUCGUCGCAGAGGCGGACGAAGUCGAACCAGGCACCGAAUGGGAGCGCAUCGCCAAGCUCUGCGAAUUCAAUCCGAAGUCGUCUCGCACUUCCAAGGACGUCUCUCGGAUGCGGUCGAUUAUCUUACAAUUAAAGCAGACUACGCCCACUCCCACUAACGCUUGAUUAAAUUGAAGGAACUAUCUCACAAUUAGAUAUUGAGGACAUAAAUCUUGAUAAAUAAGAAAAUAUAUAUAUAUAUAUAUAUAUAUUAUAAUAAUGCACCGUGGUUACGGCGGUAUUGUACGAAAGAAAAACUCAUAAAUGUUCUGUUAAAAUAUAUAUUAUUGUGAUUAAUAAAGGUUAUUGAUAACAAAUA